AUGUGCAUUGACAGGAUCUUUGCAAGGGAGGAGAACGUGGCCACUUUCCGUGGCUCGGAGUAUUUCUGCUAUGAUCUCUCCCAGAACCCUAUCCAGAGCAGCAGUGACGAGAUUACGCUCUCCUUCAAGACGUGGCAGCGCAAUGGCCUUAUCCUUCACACCGGCAAGUCAGCCGAUUACGUCAAUCUGGCGCUGAAGGAUGGCGCUGUCUCCCUUGUUAUUAACCUGGGCUCUGGAGCCUUCGAGGCAAUUGUGGAGCCAGUCAACGGGAAGUUCAACGACAACUCGUGGCACGAUGUCAAAGUGACCCGCAACCUCCGCCAGGUAACGAUAUCAGUGGACGGGAUUCUGACCACCACGGGCUACACCCAGGAAGACUACACCAUGCUUGGAUCUGAUGACUUCUUCUAUGUUGGUGGGAGCCCCAGCACGGCGGACCUCCCUGGAUCUCCAGUCAGCAACAACUUCAUGGGCUGUCUCAAGGAGAACGCUGUCUCUCCAGGCUGGUCAUCAGAUAAAGGCAGUCUGCCUGGCUGGCUGAUAGUCAUGCACUGCCAUGAGAAUAAUGAGGCUAAUUUACGCAGCAGAUGA